AUGCUGUGCAAUUUCAGACCAUGCGGUUGGUGUCUGGUCACGCAGUGCGUCAUGAGAAAGUGGCGGCCUCUCUCAUUUUGUUCUCUCCCUCCAACCUCGCUUCUGCACCUUUAUCCACUCCGUCACAGGUCCAGCAGCAUCAAUAAAACUUCCACGAUGCAGCACAAAAAGCCCACAUCGCUCGGCGACCUACCAUGCGAGCUCCUUCUCAAGGUUAACGAUCACCUGAGCGAACCCGAUCAAAACGCCCUGGCCCGCACCAACCGAGAGAUCUAUGGAUGCAUCAACUACAUCCUGUACCGCGACAACAUCCGACACGGCAACGCCUCUGCCCUACGAUGGGCCGUGACCAACAACAUGGAAUCCACGGUCCACAUAUGCCUAGAGCAAGGUGCCACCAUCGAUCCUCCUUCGCUACCGGCGGAAGAGGAAGAAUGGAUGGUUCGGAGCAGACCUUGUUUCGGUGACUUGCCACUAAUCAGCAUAGCGGCGGCAAAAGGAUACGACGGUAUCCUUGAACUCUUCCUGGAUAAGGGCGCAGAUCCGAAUGUUUUUGUCCCAGGGGCCGGCACACCCCUUUCGCUGGCUAUUGAAGGGAGACGCACUUCUACCUUUAGACUCUUGCUCAGUCAUAACAAGAUCGACGCCCAUUCACGAGUCGCAUACACAGACCUAUCACCAAUGUAUUAUGCUUGGAGGCAGGAUCUCUAG